AUGAAGGAAAUUCUAUUGGAUUAUUUUUAUUAUUACAUAAAGUGGACUUGGAAAAUCUUACUAAAACUUUUUAUGAAUAGUAUAUUAUAAAGUUAUAUGACAUAAUCCUUUAGAAAGUUUGUAAUUCAAUUAAAAUUUACAGAUUAAUCACUUUAUUUGAUUCCUCAUGCAUCAAAAUUAAGUAGUCUUUAAAAAUUAUAUUUAUUAUUGACUUAUUAAAAAUAAGGAUAUUGUUCUCCUUAUGAAUUAAUAAGAUAAUUAAGAGAACCUUUUUGCAAUACAAAUGAUUAAUUAGAUGUAAGUGAAUUUCUACAUUAUUUUCUUGAAGAUCUAUUGGAUUUAUUGCCAAAAAAUUUAUAAAUACCAUUAGAAAGGAUAUUCUUUGAUAUCAUAGAUCAUGUAUAGAAUGUUUUAAUUGUCCUAAGAGAUAACCAACAUAUCGUCCUCAAGAAAAGUUUUUAGGAAUAGAUUUAUAUUUUAAUGAUGAGGAAGAUAAUUAAGAUCUUUAUGAUAUGAUUAGAAAAGCAUAUGAAAAAGAAUAAAUAGAAUUUACUUGUGAUAGAUGCAUAUAAAAAACUGAUAAAGUUAAUAAAUCUUAAUAAUUGAUCUAAUUACCAUCCGUCUUAUUUAUGAUUGUGCAUCGGUACAUAUAAUAUCAUAUUUAAGUUUUACUUUCAACAUUAUCAAUCAAAAAAAUGUUAACAAAAGUACCAUUUAGAGUUUCGAAUUGAAUUUAGAGAUAUCUUUAAUAAAUAAAAAUUAAAUAGUAGAGAUUGUGUCAAUGAAUUUAUGCAUUUAUUAUCCAUAUGGUAUGAAUUAUUUAAGUUGUAUGCUAGAUAACUUCAUAAACUAGGUGUUUGGGUAACUUUUGAUGAUACAAUGAUUUCAAAUUUAGAAUAUGAUAGUGAUCAACUUCUUAAAGAACUUAUAUAUUUAAUAUAUAAUAUAUAUAUGAUAUAUGAAGAGACACCAAAUUUAUUGUUUUAUCAAAAUUAAUCAAGUUAACCUUUAAUUUUAAAUAAUUGA